AUGAGUAAGAAAAGCAACAGUACCAACAAUCCUGGUGAUCCAAGAGUUAAAAAGAAUGCAUUUGUGCAUAAACUAUAUACCAUGUUGAAUGAUCCAAAUUUAUCCCAUUUGAUUUGGUGGACAACAAACAAUGUUGAAGGUAAUACAUUUGCUUUAUAUCCAGGUAAAGAGUUUGCAAAUUGUUUAACAAGGUAUUUUAAGCAUGGAAAUGUUGCAAGUUUUGUGCGUCAAUUACAUAUGUAUGGAUUUCAUAAAGUUAGUGACCCACAUAAUUCAUCCUCAUCUUCGUCAGCAUUAUCUAUUAAUCAUAUUAAUUCACCUUAUUCAAUGAAUAUUGUUCAUCAGCACCAGAAUAAUGCUGGCGGAGCUCAUAAUAAUAAAGAUGUACCUCCAAUAUGGGAAUUUAAACAUCUGAGUGGGAAAUUCAAAAAAGGUGAUGAGAAAUCAUUAGCCUUAAUUAAAAGAAGAUCAAGUUCAAAUAGUAGUAGUGGAUCAAGGAAUAAUAGUUAUAAUGAAACCUUAACAUUACAAAAUCAUGUUCAUCCUGUACCUCAACAACCUAUGUAUCAGGAAUAUCCUAUCCCUCAACAAAAUAUAACUUAUGACCCUUAUAAUUUAAAUAUGAAUUUCCAACAACAGCAGCCACCACCUCCACCACCACAACCUUUCAUGUAUUAUAAUAAUCAACCUCAACCUGUUCCUCCUCCAUUACCGCCACCGCAUGCUGCAAAUCAACAACAAUUACCAACUCCUCAAUUUGUAUAUGGACAACCUUAUUUCCAAUAUCCUGGAUCAAUUAUCCCACCUCAGUCUCAACCACAACCAGUCCCACAACCACCACCACAAGCAGCAGCACCGCCAGUUCCAUCUGGUGUUACUCAAUUUACUAAUUUUUCACAAUUCCCACUGCCUCUGCCACAACAACCAAUUUCACAAAUGAUGAAUUUGCAACCAUCUCAAAAUUCCGCCUCAAAUACGCCUCAAAUUCAACAACCAACUCCACAACACGUUGAACCACCAACCAAGAGACAAGACUGUACACCAGAUCAUGUUAAACUUGAAUCAUUAUCAAAAUCACCUCAUCAAAAUUCUGCUGGUUAUAAUGCUACUUUACAAUUUAGAAAAAUAUGGGAUGACAAUAAUGGACCUGUUGCAAGACAAAGAAAUCCUUCAUUGUUAUAUGAUCCUUUGACAACUAUUCCACCAACCACAACUCCACAACAACAGCUGAAAUCAAAUGAAGGAUCAUCUUCCGAAUCUAUUUUACCUCCACCAUCUCAACUAAAUAGAUCGAGUUCAUUAAAUUCAGUACCUUUGCCAUUAACAUCAUCACAGCCAUCAAUUAUGGCUGCUACACCACCUGAAAUGUUCAGAAGAAGUACUACUCCUUUAUUACAUUCACUUAGCCAUUCUUCUUAUAAUAAUGGCAACACCACAUCAAGGUUAUCAAAUAGUAUUCCUAGAAAUUCAUCCCCUCUUGCAUUAUCAUCAACCACAGCAGAAUCCACACCAACUCCAAAUAUAGUAUCCUCUUCUUCGUCACAACCUAGUACAUCAUCGGGAUUAAAUAUUCCUAAUGUUACUAAAAAACCUUCAUUAUUUUCAAGUUCAUUACAAGAAAGAUUACGACCAUCAGUAUUUGACAUACAUCAUAAUCAUAAUCAUCAAUCCGGAAUUAAAUCUCCAUCUACAAUUCAAGAUACUUAUUCAAAGAAGAAUUCAAUAGUAUCUAAUACCUCUUCAAUAUUUUCAAAUAAAUCAUCAAUUUCAUCCAUAGCAUCAACUAAUCAACAUGGAAUUAAUAACAAUCGACCAUCGUUAAGUUCAAUCACCAAUUCACAUGUUAAAGAAGAAGUAGAAGAAGAAGUUAAAAGAGAAGAGAUUGUUAUUAAAAAUGGGAAAAGUAUACUUAAUAAUGAUAAUUCGAAAUCCUGGACCCCUAUGAAUGGAAACGCCAGUGGUGCACAAGAUAGAGAGCAAAGAUCAUUAACCGAAUCACCUAAUUUGAAGUCAGAAAUUUGUGUUCCUGAAAAUAAGAAAGUAUCUGUUAAUUCAUUAUUAAAAGAUGAUGAUAAUGAAGAUAAGACUAAAAUGGGUGCAAAAAACCAUCAUCUUGAUUUUAAUGAUAAUAACGAAGUUCAUAAAUCGAGGAUAGUUACUAUUGAAAAAGAAGAAAAUUAG